ACAAAACGUGACUGGUUUUUGUUUAACACCACACGCAGCGGCUUCAAGUAAAAAACAUUCGAGCCGCCCUCUUUACCAGUACAGUGCGACAAAUCAAGCAUUCACCUUAAUCUAUUUGGCUCCAAACGUGACGUAUUUCCUGGAGAAAUAGGUUUGUAGCACUUUGUUGUCAUCUCCAACCAAUAGUGAACCUGCUACAUUGUAGUGGCUGUAGUGUAUAAUUUCUCCCGAUUUUUAUUUUUUUAACCGGCAAUUUAUUUCACCCACGUUGAUAAUGAGGCUAAGAGGCGGCGAAAAACAGCUCGGGGGAACUCUAAACAUGAAAAAGAAAAUCGCGGAGGGAGUUAAAAACGAAAUAUAACCAUGGAUGUGGCAAGUUGCAGGUGGCGAAUAAUACAUCCAAGAGGGGAUAGUUUAAUUCUGCACUUUUAGCGAGGAGAAAUACAUUUUAAAAACAUGGGUGACAGCGCGUGGCGGUGUAACUCAUCUCCGGGAGGAAGUAGAGGACGACCGGCGAAAGAUUUCAUGUGAAGUUGAGAAGCGGGAGAAAGGGGAGUCUCCGCCCGGAGCGCGAGGAUGAAGACGUGGAGGCAUGACGCCUCGGUCCUUGAUGGUGUCUGACUUUUUGAGGCCACUGUUCUACUUUGCUGCUGAAAGGUAGAGCACCCCGACUCUGCCUUGAAAGCAGUGACAGACAGAGAAAUAGACUGGCCAGCGAAGAGUCCUCCUUUUAAUGGAUGCCUGGGUGGCCCUGCUCCUCACAUGGACAGGAUUUGUCCUGCUGAAGUGGACUGAUGCUGCACAGGUCUAUACCAACUCAUGGGCUGUUCAGAUAAGUGGAGGACCACAGGAGGCGGAUCGCAUCGCCAGGGAACAUGGUUUCAUAAACCACGGAAAUGUUUUUGGAGAUUAUUAUCACUUCAGGCACCAUGCUGUGAAGAAGAGGUCAUUGUCUAGCCAUAAGGGGAUGCACAUCAAACUGCAGGAAGAACCAAAGAUCCUUUGGGCGGAGCAGCAAGUGGUGAAGAACAGAAAGAAGAGGGACAUUUAUGAGGAUCCCACAGACCCGGAUUUCCCCAAGCAGUGGUACCUGUCCAACCCGACACAUCAAGACCUGAAUACUAAAGCAGCCUGGGCCCAGGGCUACACUGGAAGAGGCGUCGUGGUGACCAUCCUGGACGAUGGUAUCGAAAAGGACCACCCGGACCUCAUCAGCAAUUAUGAUCCUGAGGCAAGCUAUGAUGUUAAUGAUGGAGAUGCUGACCCCCAACCAAGAUAUACGCAGCGAAAUGAGAACAGACACGGAACUCGGUGUGCAGGAGAAGUCGCAGCUGCAGCCAACAACGGAGUGUGUGGAGUGGGCGUGGCCUAUCACGCAAAAAUUGGAGGAGUUCGCAUGUUGGACGGCGAGGUGACAGACGUGGUGGAAGCUCGCUCUCUGAGCCUCAACCCUCAGCACAUCCACAUUUACAGCGCCAGCUGGGGCCCCGAGGAUGACGGCAAGUCCCUGGACGGCCCUGCCAAGCUGGCCAAGGAGGCUUUCAUCCAGGGGAUCAGCAAGGGGCGUGGCGGCCUCGGUUCCAUCUUCGUCUGGGCUUCUGGUAACGGUGGUCGAGAGCAGGACAGCUGCAACUGCGACGGCUACACCAACAGCAUCUACACCCUGUCCAUCAGCAGCACCACCCAGUCGGGAAGCGUGCCGUGGUACAGCGAGCCCUGCUCCUCCACCCUCGCCACCACCUUCAGCUCCGGAAACCCGGGGGAGAAACAGAUAGUCACCACAGACCUGAGGCAGAAAUGCACCGACUCUCACACGGGAACGUCUGCCUCCGCCCCACUGGCUGCCGGGAUCAUCGCUCUGGCGCUGGAGGCCAAUAUGAAUCUAACCUGGAGGGACAUGCAGCACUUGGUGGUGAGAACGUCCCAACCGGGGCACCUCAGCGCCCCAGACUGGAAAACCAACGGGGUGGGGCGCACAGUGAGUCACUCGUACGGAUACGGGCUCCUGGAUGCUGCAGCCAUGGUGGGUUUGGCACAGAACUGGACAGCAGUGGGGCCCCAACACCAGUGUGUUCACACCAUGCUGGCAGAGCCCAGAGACAUCGGGAACAAGCUGGUGUUCAGCAAGAGCCUGGAUGCCUGCUGGGGGCGACCGGAGUAUGUCAGCUCUCUGGAGCACGUUCAGGCUCGCCUCACGCUCUCCCACAACCAGAGAGGAAAAUUGGCCGUUCAUCUCAUCAGCCCACUGGGCACCCGUUCCACCCUGCUGUUCCCGAGGCCCAAUGACUACUCCUCAGAGGGGUUCAACGACUGGGCUUUUAUGACCACCCACUCGUGGGAUGAGGAUCCUCAAGGAGAGUGGACCCUAGAGAUAGAAAACGUGGCACCUAAUGGGCAUGACUAUGGUGUGUUGACUCAGUUCACCCUCCUCCUGUGGGGGACUGGACCUGGCUUGGUCAACCCUUCUUCUCCAGACUUUCCUCGUCCGUCUAACAACAGCUGCAAGACCUUCGAUGCUCAGCAGAUCUGCAUCGAGUGCAGCCCCGGCUUCUCGCUCUUCCUCCAGGGCUGCGUGAAGCUCUGUCCUCUGGGCUUCACGUCCGGGCCGCAGCUCCUCAACCUCUCCCUGGAGAACUGGGUGGACUUGUCAUUGGUGCAGGCCUGCCUCCCCUGCAACCCCGCCUGCCUCACCUGCUUUGGCACAGGGCCCACAGACUGCCUGUCCUGCCCCCCUCACAGCCAUCUGGUCCUCACUUCCUGUUUGCACCAGAACCAAGUGCAGCGGAAAUCUCCUCUCGCAGGAGGACUCCCCAGCUACGAGGAUCCGCCGGAGAGGAACUCACCGGCAGCAGACGGCGACAGCGGGGGAGCUGAGGAGCCCCCGGGGUCUGGUGUAGCCCCGCCCACUCAGCAGCACGUCAUGGUGGCGGUGCUGAGCUGUGCCUUCAUCCUGGCGGCCUUCAUCGGCAUCUUCUUCUUCCUGCACGUGCGAGCAGGCGGGGCUUCCACGGGCUGGAGGACCAAACUGCCCUCUGUGUUUUCAGACUCCAGGGGGGGGGGGGCGGGCUUCGGUUUGAGCUUUCGGCAGGGGCCGCAGAGGAAGGCUCGGAUAUGCUACAAGGGGAUCCCCACUGUGUGGGCCGACGAGGGCUUGAACGCCUACGAGUCUGAAUCAGACAACGAGGGGGGGGACGGACACAACGAGUGGACGGCUUUCAUCAAGACUCAGAGCUCCAUCUAGCUGGACCUGCUCCAGGUGUUCAGGGGAGGAGGGGCACCGAGGCCUUACUGUCCCAUCAGCACCCCCCAAAGUGCAUUAAAACCCUUUUACUACAAUUUGUCGUCUAACUCUGAAAGUCACAGUAUUUAUUAUUACUCCCUUGAUUAUUUAUGGCCGUUUUAUUAUUUUAUGCAUUUUUGUGUUCAUUUAGAUUCUCCACUCUUGUAAAACAAACCAGCUAAACGCCAGAGCAGAAUUUUAAAAUCGAAUUUUAAUCGGUUUGACCUAAAGAAUCCUGCCUCCCAAAUUAACAACUUUAAAUAAGAAAAAAUCACCACGAUUGUUUGAAAUUAUGAAGUAGACUUCCUCUAUUCAGAAAGGUUUAACCCCUUCACGUCUGACUGUAUUUAUAAUCAUGUAAAAAAACGUUUUUUUCCUAGGGGUUUAGCAAUUAUUCAACUUAAUCAUCUAAUUGGUUCAUAUUUCUAUGAGACAACCAGAUCAAUCUGUCUGAGGUCAGCUGUUAAACAAUCAAAUUGACUUAUACCAUUAUAAAAUCCUUUCAAAAUAAAAUAUAUAAAUCUAUCUUGGAAAAUAGUAUUUGGAUUUGUGCACAACAGGGCAUCACAGCGAACAACACAAAUGUGAUGACAGCAAAAAAAAAGGACACUUUGAAAUUUGCGUGACCAUACAGUAAAGGCUCGUUUCCACUGAGCGGUUUGUUUUCACGGCGGAUGUGUGGUGCAGACCGCUAGCAUGUCAUUCCAACCAGCACCAAUGGAGCUCAUCCAGCAGCUCGUCUUUUUCUUGCGUUACUUUUUGUACAUUGUGUAAAACAGGAAUUUAAUGUAGUUUGAAAGAAGAUUGUGGGCGGCUAAGAAGAAAACAUUGGAAAUGCUAGCUUAGCACCAUGUUGGUGCUUUAUUGUCGUCAUCAUUUUUUGCCAAUCAGCGGGUGGCAAUGGAGGCUCCGCCCCAACCGUCCCGUUCUGUUUUUCUAUGGACCUAGAACGGGUAGGAGGUAUGGAUCGAUACUGUUUAAUGGGUCCAUUUUACAAUGGAAAAGACCGGACCAUUCAGUGGAAACGAGGCUUAAUUUACUAAUAAUCUUCUGUUUGUAUUAUUUUGAUGUGGAAAAACAACAAUGG